CAAAUAUUUUGACUGUAGCCUAACACAAAAGUAUGUGGAAGGAACUGAAAACAACAAUUCUUAAUUCGGCCGUGUAUAUUCACAUCCUGAACCAUGACGACCGAGUUUAGCUCGCGUAACACUUUUCGCAAAAAUGGUAUUACCGGUCUGAGCAACAACUCUCGCAAUGUUAUUACAUCGGCCAACCCCUCCGGCGGAAGCAGCGCAGCGUUGCUACAGAAGCAGCUGUCAUUUAAAACACCAAUUGGCUCAAGUCAGUUUGUCAAGCCUGAUGAAAUUGAAAUGAUUGAUUGCUCAAACUCCGAGAACUUGGCAGGUCGCUAUAACAAGAACAAUAUUAUUGGCUGGAUAUGUUGCGCGCCCUGUAUAUGGCUCCGUACCUCUGCUGCAGUUCACAAAAUGGCAAUAACGUCCGCAACUUUAUUAGUCACCACCUUGCUUGUGGCUUCACCGAUUUUAUUUUUAAUUAGUACAGCACCGUCACCUUUACCAAGAGAUUGUUUCAUGGAGGGUGAUACAUGCUUACCCACAAGCUCUGCACCUCCGGAAUGCACUGAAGCAAUCUGUGAAACUGUAUCUGCAAACAUUCAGGCAAGGCUUAAUUGGAAUAAGGACCCAUGCUCCGAGUUCAAGAAAUUUAGCUGUUGGCAAAGCACUACAAACCAAAGCAAUACAAACCUGAUUGACAUGGGCAGUUCCCAAAAGUCUGUUGAUAUUCAAAUGCAGGCUCUAUUACAGAAUUCAAGUAUGAACACGAAUUUUAGAAAACUUGGAGAUUUAUUUCAGAGCUGUCUUAAACUGUCACUAAACUCAACAGCUAUUCAACGCAUAUUUUAUAGACUAGGAGGGUACCUAACUAUUGGCACCCUGGGCCCCUCGUCCAUUGCACCUCUCGUAUCGAAAAUAUAUGAGCUUGGACCAAGUCCACUUGUUGAUAUAUAUUAUGAUCUCAGUUAUGGCAGACGACCGCAUAUACUUCUAAUAAUAAGUGGACCUAGUACAUCAUCGAUAAUUUUAGAGAAUAAAAUACGUUGGAUGAAUCCAAAAGCUCCACCUAGUCGCCUUCGACAAGGCGUCCCAAACCUUUUACUAGACUUAAUAGAUCAAUUUUUACCAAAAGGCUUAUCUUAUGCUCAAAAAGUAUCAGAGAAAGAGACGAUUUUUGAAUUUAUUAAGGAACUUAAUAAACUGCAAGUAGAACAAUCUCGCCGUGGAUUUUGGGAUAGUUCCGUUUUGUACAAUAUUACCAGUUUACAAACUAUGUACCCAGUUCUUAACUGGACUCUACUUAUUCCCAAAAACUGGAGUGGACCUAUAGUUGUACGGAAUGCUGAUUAUCUGAGGGCACUGCAAGCUUUCUUGACCAAAUAUCCAUCUCGAGUGGCACACAACUCCAUGCUCUUAUUAAGUACACUCGAAAUUUUACCAAGAGAUUAUCCAAAUGUGGAGGUGUGCACACGAUCUACAAUAUGGGCAUUGCCAGAUCUUGCAUCAGCUUUAUAUAUUGCACAACAUUAUUCUGAUGAUUCUAAAGAUAUUAUAAAACGUGCCGACAUUAUCUUCAAGUCGCUUAAGGCUCACCUUAAGAGGGCUCCUUCCUUAAAGGGUGCCGCCCUAGUGAAACUUUCAGCACUCAAAAUACAAUCGCAGACAUGGGAAGGAUUUACUAACAUAACAAAAAUUUUAAAAACACUAGAUUCUCUGCAAAUAAACUCCGAUAGUUGGCUAGAAAACAUUCUAGAGAUAUAUAAAAAGAACAAGCUUGUUCCGAGCACAUUGGUAAACUCUGAAUCUAGUUUGCAUAAUGCAUGGGCAUAUCCUAUUGUGUCAACUAUAUUUUACGAUACUUUAAGUCAUUCGAUUGUUGUUCCCUUGUCUGUGAUGUUAAUCCCAUACUUUAACGCCAAGUUACCUCCAUAUCUGCAUUAUGCUUCAAUUGGUGUUUCUAUAGCAAAGGAAAUUUUACGCUCAAUUACCAAAACCUUUGACGAUAAGGCGAUGCGUUGCGUCCCGCACUCUGUGAAUAUAUUUUCAAACUAUAGUCGCAUGGAUAUUUUAAUACACUCUGGUGGAAUGCAGAUUUCAUAUCAUUCAAUGCUAUCUUUGACGGGCCCAAUUAAAGGCAUGGCACGCCUGCCUGGACUCAACUUGACGCCAACGCAAAUAUUUUUCCUAGUUUCUGCUCAGGAACUAUGUGCUGAAUCAAAAUACAUGGGAAUUGACACAAGUGCUUCUGAGUUCGAUAAUAUAUUGGGUUGGCUAAUUGCCCAAGGGGGUAGCGCAACCGAAGUUUUUAAAUGUCCAUCGGGAUCUAUGAUAAAUAUACAAAAAACUUGCAAUGUUCUCUAAAUACACAAAGUUUAAAACACAACUCUAGUAAUUUACCAAACUAGAAUAAUUUAGAUCCAAAUAAUCUUAUUUAGGACUGACAACACAUUAAUACUUUAAAGAUCCAAAUAUCUAUUUCAGAUAUAAAAA